CAACAGCCGAACAGCCAACAGCCAACAGCCAACAGAACAGCCAACAGCCAACAGCAACAGCCAACAGCCAACAGCAACAGCCAAGCAGCCAACAGCCAAACAGCAGACAGCCAACACCAAACAAUCGGGACUGGUGUUGUUGAUGCCUUUUUACAUCUGGCUGCGCUAUGGCUUGUCACCCGUGACCCUUGUGUAAAGUUCUGA